CAGGCUAACCAGAUCGAGUGCCAGACAAAAAAAAAUCUGCGACUGAAACACUCCAAAGCCGGUCCGCAGAGAAUGGUCCAAGAGUUGCACCGGUACGAAAAUAUUUGGCAUCUCUGCAUUUUCCCACUAGAGUCGCGUAUGUAAAAACUAUGGCGUACAACGUGCUACAGUCUACACAUGUCAACCGCCGCCGACUGAAGAACGUUACACGAGGACUGUGCAUAGCCAUAGUCUUCCUUCUCGGGGUGUUGGUAUAUAUCCAGUAUUUCAUAGGUCUAAACGUACGUACUAACGUCAUCACUAAAGGAGUAGUUUACUCGUUCGAAGAGUGGAGACGGGCUGAUAUGGUGGCACCAACCACUGAAUUGGAAACAGUCGUCUGCAAGCAACCACAUCUAGAGUUAAACCGUCCUGAAAUAGCGCACUGGUUCCACGAUAUCAACCCCUUCACCUGCACUGGUCGCGACGACGUGUUCACCAUACAAGAUGGCGUGGUCACAGUCGACAUGGUCAAAGUUCACAAACACAUAGCCCCGGAGUUCGACAAGUGCCAACUUUGGUCCUUCCACAGAAUCGACGACGAAGAGGCUGUAUUCCAAAACAAAGUAGAGGAGAGGGUUGUGGACACGAGUGAUUCUGUUCGGCUGAAUUUUAACGUCACGACUGAUUUCUUUAGAGUGAAGUGUGGAGAGUUUGAAAGGUAUUUCUCUCACAUCUAUCCAAACCCAAACUUACUGGUACCACAGAGUCGCCCCGUUUUGAAAGUGAGCCCGAACCCUUUUCAAGGCGUCAGUGUGUUGAUGCUCGGUUUCGACUCGACAUCUCGUUUAAACUUCAUGCGGAAAUUGCCGAAGGUUUACGAUUAUUUGACAAAAGAAAUGGGCGCCGUUGUGCUUCGAGGAUAUAACAUAGUAGGCGACGCGACCGCAGGUGCAUUCAUACCUAUCCUCACAGGCCACACGGAGGCAGAGCUACCGAACGUCAAAAGAAACACGGAGAAUUCACAAUUUGUUGACGUGUACCCGCUUAUCUGGAAACAGUACAAGAAGAAAGGAUACGCCACCCAGUUCGCUGAAGACAUGCCCGGUUUUGCCGCGUUUAACCUACGUUUAAACGGAUUCAAAGAACAACCCACGGACCACUACAUGCGGCCAUUUUGGCACAAAAUAGACGAAGGGCCCACAUUUUGCUACGGGUCCGUCCCAAAGCACGUUAUGAUGUUUGACUACCUGAAGGAGUUUCACCUUGCGUACGAGAGUUCCCGGCCACGGUUUGGGUUCACUUUUCUCACUCAGAUCAGCCACGAUGACCUGAAUAUCAUCGAACUGGUACAGCAGGAUCUAUUGAACCUACUCUCAGGUCUGUACGAGGAGGGGCAUUUGAACAACACUAUUAUGGUCGUCUUUAGUGAUCACGGUCCAAGGUAUGGAAACAUGAGGGAAACAUUACAGGGGAAAAUAGAGGAAAGACUGCCUUUUAUGUCUAUUGUACUCCCGGAUAGCAUCAAUCGCAACCACCCGAAGGUCUUGAAAACCUUGCAGCAAAAUUCGGACAGGUUGACCACACCAUUUGACAUGUACGCUACGUUAGCUGACGUUAUAGGACACAAAGAUCCGCACCUACCGGCGCCUAACGGUCUACCUCGGGCGAUCAGUCUCUUCACAAAAAUCCCCGCCAACCGGACUUGUCAAGACGCGGGGAUUGAGACGCAUUGGUGCGCCUGUCUGCAGUGGAAAUCUAUUCCGCCAGAGGGCAGUGUCGCCACGAAGGUUGCCAAGUUCUUGGUUGCACACAUCAACGCCCUCAUCAAGCCCUACAUGAGUCUGUGCCACCAACUGUCGAUUGUAAACGUGACCCAUGCCGAGGCGGCUGAACCAGAUAACCAAACCGGCAUCACGUAUAGAGAUGUACAGAUCACAGUAGAGACCACGCCGGGACUGGCACUGUUUGAAGCGAAUGUUCACAUCACGGAAAAGCUCGGAAACGACUCCAUGACUGUUACUUCAGACAUCAGUAGAAUUAACAAGUAUGGACACCAAAGCGACUGUGUCCUGAACACGAAUCCAGAACUUAGAAAGUAUUGCUACUGUAGGGAAGAUAAAAAUUGACCACUACUUGCCUAUUGUGAGAAGAAGGAAAACUAAUUAUGAAUUUCACGAAGAAAAUGCAUUCCAAAGCAAGCUUUAUUCACUGCAAUUAACGGGAAAACAAAUUAUUCUAUGAGGACCAAUCGCAAGGCUUUGAGAAAUAUGUAUUCUGUGAGGCCAAUAUCAUAUUGCUAUAUAAUGCUCACACACUGUUUACCUCGCCUUACUGUUCCCAAUCUGCAAAAUAUAAAAC